AUGGAAUUCGGCAAAUGGGCUACUGAAAUUAACGCAGCAAUUGAGAUAUUAAAGCCUGUUAUUGGUAUCUCACUUGAAGGCCAAGAAAAAUUAAACAAAUCAGAAAUUGAAACAAAGAAAGAUGGAACUGUUGUUUCUAUCGUCGAUUUUGCAUGCCAAUCAAUGGUUAUGCAUGGACUUAAGAAGCAUUUUCCAAACGAUUCUGUUCUCGGCGAAGAAGAAAUCCAAAAUAUUGAUGAUGAAUUCCUUCGUCAUGUGAAAUCACUCUUACCAGCAGAUGUAGAUCCAGUUAAAGCAUGUUCUGUUGCUGUUCACAGUAUCUCUGAUAAAGAUGAGAGAUGCUGGGUUAUUGAUCCAAUUGAUGGAACAUACGGAUUCGUUACUGGCGGCAAUUACGCUAUUGCUAUGGCCUUACUUGUCAAUCGCCAUGUUGUUUGUUCAGCAGUUGCAUGGCCAAGACAUGAAGUCGAAGCAACUGGACUUACACAACUUGAAGGACCAGCAAUUUUUGUUGCUUCCGAAGGCUUUGGUGCUUAUGCACUUGAUCUCAAAGGCCAUUGGGUCAAACUUACAAAACAAGAAAAUCCACGCGCUAGAUUAAUCUACACAAAGCAGAAAGUCGGAAAUAUCACACAAUUAUACCAAUACGUGAAAGAUCAUUUAGAUAUUCAUGAAGAAUUAACAAUGGUCUCCAUGACAAAAGGAUUUGUUAUUGGAUCAGGCGGAGCAUGCGCUUACAUCAGAGUUCCAUGGGGUGCUAAUGAAGAACAUGUUUGGGACAUUGCUCCUUUCGAACUCCUUGUUCGUGAAGCUGGCGGAUUCGCUACAACAGGAACAGGAGCAGCAAUUUCUUAUAGAAGCAAUGCAAGAGUUGCUGGUUCUCAGGAUGGUCUUAUUUUCACUAACAAAGAUCAGGCUUUCCAUGAUAAAGUUCUCGCUGUUUAUCAUGAAGCUUUAGACAAAUAUAGAUGGUUCUAA